GGGGCUGUAUAUGAGCCGCGUGCGCCAGAGCGGGAGCAGACAGAAGCGCACAGCCGCGGAGACACAGCCGAAGCAUCCGGGACAUUACCUUUAAACACGCGUCCACAGCCACACGGGAAACUUUGGAGCCAUGCAGCCCCCGUACCAGCCCCUCGUGAGCCUCCUCCUCGUGCUCAGCAGCCUGCACGUACAGCUCGCGGACGGCUGCUCGUGCGCGCUGACGCACCCGCAGGACGCGUACUGUAACUCCGACAUCGUGAUCCGAGCUAAAGUGGUGGGGAAGAAGCUGCUCCGAGAUGGGCCUUUUGGAACCAUGAGAUACACAGUGAAACAGAUGAAGAUGUACAAAGGCUUUGAGAAAGUGCAGCACGUGCAGCACAUUUACACCGACGCCUCCGAGAGUCUGUGCGGAGUCAAGUUUGACAUCAACAAGUAUCAGUAUCUCAUCACAGGACGAGUGUACGAAGGGAAAGUCUACACCGGCCUGUGCAACUUCAACGAGAGGUGGGAACGUCUGUCUCUGGCGCAGAAGAAAGGGAUUAACCACCGCUACCAGCUCGGAUGCAACUGCAGGAUCAAACCUUGCCACUACCUUCCCUGUUUCGUCACGUCCAAGAACGAAUGCCUCUGGACCGACAUGUUGUCCCACUUCGGUUACCCCGGGUACCAGUCGAGACACUACGCCUGCAUCCAGCAAAAGGAGGGCUACUGCAGCUGGUAUCGGGGUUUGACCUCCCGCGACAAAACCACCAUCAACGCCACCGACCCGUGAACGCACCACGAGCCCGAACGCGCCACGAUCCACUGCCACCUCCCCGAAUCCCAUCCCUCGAAACCUGAGAAAAAUUAGUAUUACUGGACUACUUCGCUCACUGUACGUGGGUUUCCUUUGACUGGGCACAAAGGACAAACGCACCAAUCUCUGACAGUGCCUGUAUGAUAACACUUCUGAUGGAAAACAUUAUAAUAUUGUUCAAAUCAUUAUUGCCAAAUCUCAAAAAGUCAAUAUUUUUUGCCCGAUGUGACAGUUUAAGUAUUAUGGGACUUUGUAUGAAUGGGAAAGUAUAGUUUAUAAUAUGUAUGCUGCUCUGUAAUUGGCAUGUAUGUAGAAUAAGCUAGCUAGCUCCUGAUACCACUUUUUCACAGUAGAACAAUACUACAAUACUUCCUGAUUUGGAGUACAGGAGCCUCAGAGGGACAAUCUACCGCAAUGUCAAAAAGGCAAUGGUACUAAAGCAGCAAAUAACAAUCAAAUCUUAACGUCAUCAAAGCCUUGGACGGACAUUUAUCAGCUUAAAGUGCAUAUAACCGGUUUACACGUUUGUUUUUUUAUUAUUACGUCGCAGUUUUACACGAUCAAAGUGGCAGUUUGUGUCAGGAAAAGUGAAAAUUGUUUAAAAAAAUAUAAAAAAUACAGGGUUUGAGCUGUCAAUACACAAAGUUUCACGCAAAAUACAGGGAUGAUUUACCAGAAAGCAACAUCAUCAGUAUUAUUAAAAUAGCAGAAAACCCGGCAAGAUUUUUGUUGAAAUUUGAAAUAAACCGGUCAUAUGCGCUUAAAGUUUUUACGAAUUAAACGGCAGCAGAACAUGGUAAAAAGUCAAAACGAGUACACAGUUUUGAAAUAUUCACAUCCCUUUAAAUAACCUCAAACAGUACAUAUAAAAACACAUGCACUACGCUGAUUAUGUAACAUUUUAAACACCAAAUUACCACUAGAAACUGCUG